AUGUCCGAUUCUGGCGAGCAGGACGACGUCACCAAGGGCGCCGAAGUCGACGAGCUCGAGGAGCAGGCCCCGGCUGACCAGCCAGCUGAGGCGGGGGAAGAGGAAGCCGGUAAGGCUCGCGUUCUACCUGUCGUGCUGCGAAUCUGGUUUUUGAUCGAUGAGACGCGUGUAAGACAUCCGGCAGCAUCGCUGACGCCCCCUGCUUUCGUUUUCUACCUUCCAGGAGCGGCCGACAAGUCCGCAGAAGAACUCCAGCAGCCCGUCAAGCGGGGCAGAGGUCGCCCCAAGGGUUCCAAGAACAAGAAGUCCGCCACCUCCGCCGGCGGUCCCAGUACGAGUGAGACUGGGGAGAAGACCGAGAAGAGAAAGCGAGGGCGCCCGCCCAAGCCUAAACCCGAGACUGCUGCUGCUGCAGAGUCAGGGACGGAUGAGCCCCCUGCAAAGAAGCGGGGCCGCGGACGUCCUCCCAAGAACCCCAAGCCAGAGACGAGCGCCGCGGCUGCGGAGAGAGAGGAGGAGGGCGGUGAAGCCCACACCGGCGAGAAGAGGAAGAGAGGCAGGCCUCCAAAGUCGAAGUCGUGA